ACGACGUAGACGAGAGGCUGAGAGAGCUGGUGAAGCCAGAUCAUCAGUUGCAGAUCCCGAUGUUGGGUCUUCUCGUGCUAUGGUAGAGGAGGAGGAUGCUGUGGACCCCGUUCACGAGACUGAGGUUGUAGUUCGUGGAGGUUAUGGAUGCCGACGACGGGGCCGUGGAGGUCGUGGUGGUCGAGCUCAUACUCGAGUUAAUCCGGAUGUGCUAGAUGGUCCAUUUCCCGGUGGCCCGCGGGAUCCGUCUUUGAUUACGAGUUUCAAGUCGCACGUAGCGGCAUAUAUUUGGAGGGGAGAAGAACGUCCGGUUGGACGACUGGAGACCCGUAUCAACUCCCUGAACCAUUUCUAUUACGAGAAGAUAGCAGCUGCCCUAGAAGACAUAGAUGUAUCCGUAGACAAGCAUUUUCUGCGGAUGACCAGUUUGUAUCCCCUAACCCGAAGUUAUUUACAAACAGCUUCCAUAUGCCGUGGGGAGAGAUGACUAUGACGAUGUCCAGAUGAUUCUAGGUGCCAAUGUGGAGGGACGGGUGGUCGCGCCUAGGUACGAUGAGGUCAUCGAGAGGACAAACUGCGUGUAUUUGCUGUCCGAGGUAUUACACCUCGAUUUUGAGGAGAUUGACGAGUCAUGGAAGCGUGGGGGCCCCACAUGGAGGAUGAUACAUGGAUAGUUGUUGAUGCCCGACACGCCCAUGAGACGCCGAGUUCAGAUAUAUAUGGUGUUUCUCCUCGGAUCGAUUUUAUUCACCGACAAGACAUGUGAUCGGGUGAAGUCGUGGUAUAUGCACGUGCUCGUAGAUUCAGUGCUUGAUGAUGUCGGCAUGUAUUCGUGGGGUUCGGCAUGUUUGGCCAAUCUAUACAGGGAUUUGGGUAUAUGCAGCCGAGCACAGUCGAGGAGCUUGGCGGGUUGCACCACCUUUCUUUCUUCAGUGAUGGAUAUACGAGUAUUUCCCGAGAUUCCAGCCGCCGGAGGAGAGCGAACAGUACUGCGAGUUUCAGCCUCGAUGCAAGAGGUGGAACGCGCUGCCAAAAGCGGGCACGCUCGAGCAUAUUCGAAGUUUACUUGAUUAUAUGACAGCGGAUGAUGUUGAGUGGCUACCGUAUGGUCGAGAUAUACACGAGAGUAUCCCUCGUACGUUGUAUCAUGGCACAAUCCACGACAUGUGGGUCGUAGAGCCGUAUAUGCCUGAUCGUUGCGUCCGACAGUUCGGGUGGGUUCAGGAUAUUCCGCGCGGCUUGAUUCCAUCGAUGGAGCCAUGUUCACGCGGUCCCAAAGGAUGUACAUCGUACAAAGUCAACUACCCAUUUCCGAGUGGUAUGUGGGACAUGGUCCAGGCUCAUUCCAUUCGUGCCAACGUAUACAAGACGACACGACAACGGGGGGAAGUCGACGAGCACUACAUAGAGUGGUACACCGAUCGGACUCAUCUGAAGAUCAUCAACCCCGACGUAGGCUCGACUCCAGUGCAUCGAGAGAAUGUGAGGCCACCAGAUCAGCCGGCUUAUUACCAGAUAGUACGUGCAUUGUACCCGAUCACCAGGAGCACUGGACAGGACUGGAUGCAGCAGGUUGUCGAUCUACGUGCCGACCUUGAAGAUAUUAUGCAGCCCGUCGCCCGAUAUAUUGGCAUCGACCAGGACAACGACGACGACGAUGACGAUCAUGAGGUGCAGCCGUCGAGAAGAGCGAGGCGGUAGUUUAUCGGUUUUUUUUGCUAGUUAUGUAUUUUUAUGAACUAUUUAAUUUGAAAGUUUAUUUUUAUUAUUAU